AUGAGAGCUAUUUAAGUUGCAAGAUAUGGAGAAAGAUUGAAAUUAAAGAAUGUAGAUAUUCCAAAAUUUAAUCCAAUAGAUUAGUUUUUGGUUAAAAUAUGUUAUGCUCCUAUAAAUCCAUCUGAUGUAUAUUAUGUGAAAGGUCUUUAUGGAUUGCGAAAGCCUCUUCCAACUAUAGGAGGUUUUGAAGGGUGUGGAAUCAUAGCUGAAGCAAGUGAUAAGAGUUUAAUCGGUAGAAAUGUGAUGUGUUGGGCUGAUGAUUCAAUUAAUUAUGGAACAUGGGCAGACUAUUUUCCAGUUUAAAAAUAAAAUUCAAUUAUCUUAGAUAGUAAGAUAGAACAUAACAAUCAAUUUGAUUAAUAUUGCAGCCCUUUUAUCAACCCUUUCACGGCUGUCGGAUUUCUAGAUAUAGUUAGAAAGUUAAAUGCUUAAUGUGUGGUCCUAAAUGCAGCAAAUAGUGCAGUUGGAAGAAUGAGCAUAAAAUUAUUCAAUAAUUAAAAUAUAAAAACAAUAGCAAUAGUGAGGAGACAGGAACAAAUUUAGAAUCUCUAUGAUAUAGGAGCAACUCAUGUUCUACUUAGCACAAAUGAAAAAUUUGAUUAAGAGUUAGUUCAAACAAUAAAAUAAAAUAAGGCUAAGGUAUUUUACGAUGCCCUCGGAGGUGAAUAUUCAGGUUUGAUUUUUAAAAACCUUGAAAAUUCUGGUAUGCUAGUAGGUUAUGGCCGUUUUUCUAACAAUAAAAUAAAUGAUAUAGAUCCAAUAGACUUAGUUUUUAAACAAAAAGAAAUAAAAGGAUUUUGGUUAUCAAAAUGGUAUGAGCAGAAGGGAAGUGAGGAGUAAUAAUAAAUAAAAAAAUUAGUAGAAAAUCAAAUAACUUCCACAUUUUCAACUCGUAUACAAUAAACUCAGGUGCCUGAUGAUGAUAAUAUUAAUGAGUUAAUUAAGCUAGCCUUAAAUAAUUCAGGCUAAGGUAAGUAUGUCUUAGACUUUACAAAAUGA